CCGAGUGCUCUUAUCAACACUCCCAAGAGGUUCGGUAGAGUUAAGAUGGCGGCAUGUGGGUGAGGAGCCAGGGAUUCAAACUCUAGGUCUUUUUUGCAAUUAAACGAUUCCUAUGAAAUCACAUCCGUGCGGUAGUCGACGGAUUAAGUAUUUCUAUACCUUUCACGAGUCUGUGUGUGAUUUUGGAUUGGGCCCAUGACAUCUAUCCACUUCGUUGUUCACCCGUUGCCCGGGACCGAAGACCAGCUCAAUGACAGACUUCGUGAAGUUUCAGAGAAACUCAACAAAUACAGCUACAACAGCCAUCCACAUCUUAGUCUGCUUGAGCAGGCCACCUUAAAGCAGUGCGUUGUUGGUCCAAACCAUGCUGGAUUUCUCCUUGAGGAUGGGCGUGUGUGCAGAAUCAGCUUUGCAGUGCAGCCCGAUCGCCUGGAGCUCAGCAAACCGGAUGGUGGUGAUGGUUCAAAGUUGAGCAGUGGUUCAGGGACAGGAAGGAGCUCCAGACCAGGCAGGACCAGUGAUCCGCCCUGGUUCCUGUCUGGUUCUGACACACUGGGCAGACUGGCAGGCAACACCCUUGGGAGUCGCUGGAGCUCUGGUGUGAAUGGAGGCAGUGGAGGAGGUGGAAGUGGUGGAGGAGCAGGAGGAGGUGGAGCAGGAGGUGGUAGCAGCGGAGGAGGGGGUGGCAGUGGAGGGGGUGGAGGAAGUGGAGGCGCAUCAGGCAGGUCGUCCACAGCUGCUCGCGAUUCCCGUCGUCAGACCAGAGUGAUUCGCACAGGAAGAGACCGUGGCUCUGGACUUCUGGGUAGCCAGCCUCAGCCAGUCAUUCCAGCAUCAGUCAUUCCUGAGGAACUCAUCACACAGGCUCAAGUGGUCCUUCAGGGGAAAUCGAGAAGUGUGAUCAUCAGGGAGCUCCAGAGGACUAACCUGGAUGUUAACCUGGCAGUCAACAACCUGCUCAGCCGGGAUGACGAAGAUGGAGAUGAUGGAGAUGACACAGCUAGCGAGUCUUAUCUCCCAGGAGAGGACUUGAUGUCCCUGUUGGACGCAGACAUUCACUCAGCUCAUCCCAGCGUCAUCAUCGAUGCUGAUGCCAUGUUCUCUGAGGACAUCAGCUACUUCGGCUACCCAUCUUUUAGACGCUCCUCGCUGUCUCGCCUGGGAUCCUCCAGAGUUCUCCUCCUUCCCCUAGAACGUGACUCAGAGCUGUUACGUGAACGUGAGUCCGUGUUGAGGUUACGUGAGCGUCGAUGGCUCGAUGGGGCUUCAUUUGAUACUGAGCGAGGGUCCACCAGCCGUGAGGGUGAGCCCAGCCUUGACAAGAAAACCAUCCCAGUCCAGAGCCCUGUUUCCCUGGGAGAAGAGCUCCAGUGGUGGCCUGACAAGGAUGGUGUAAAGUUUGUGAGCAUUGGUGCCAUGUUCUCCGAGCUGGUAGCUGUAAGCUCCAAAGGAGAGCUUUACCAGUGGAGGUGGAGUGAGCCCGAACCCUACAGGAAUGCACAGAAUCCCUCCAUCCAUCACCCUCGAGUGUCCUUCCUGGGCCUGACCAAUGAGAAGAUCACUUUACUGGCUGCCAACAGCAUCAGAGCCACCGUAGCAACAGAGACCAACAAGGUGGCCACCUGGGUAGACGAUACUCUGAGCACAGUAGCCUUGAAACUGGAGCACAGCACUCAAGCUUUCCCUGAGCUGCAGGGGGAGCGCAUGGUGUCGCUGCAUUGUUGUGCACUUUACACAUGUGCACAGCUGGAGAAUAGCCUCUACUGGUGGGGUGUUGUGCCUUUUAGUCAAAGAAAGAAGAUGCUUGAGAAGGCCAGAGCCAAGAACAAAAAGCCAAAGUCCAGUGCCGGCAUCUCCUCAAUACCCAACAUCACUGUGGGAACGCAGGUGUGUUUGAGGAAUAACCCCCUCUAUCAUGCCGGCGCAGUGGCCUUUUCUGUCAGUGCUGGAAUCCCCAAAGUAGGUGUGCUGUUGGAGUCUGUUUGGAACAUGAAUGACAGCUGCAGGUUCCAGCUGCGCUCACCGGAGAGCCUCAAGAACAUGGAGAAGACAACAAAGACCCAGGAAAUCAAAAUGGAAAGCAAACCGGAGCUGGUGAAGACUGAGAUGGGUCCUCCUCCUUCACCUGCCUCUACCUGCAGUGAUGCAUCUUCCAUUGCGAGCAGUGCCUCGCUGCCCUACAAGCGGAGGCGCUCCACCCCAGCUCCCAAAGAGGAAGAGAAGGUGAACGAGGAGCAGUGGCCUCUCAGGGAGGUGGUGUUUGUGGAGGAUGUGAAAAACGUUCCUGUAGGAAAGGUUCUGAAGGUGGAUGGGGCGUAUGUUGCUGUCAAGUUUCCUGGGACCAAUGUGACCACCCAGAGUGCUGCUGCUGCUGCCGCUGCUGGUGCUGCUGCUGCUGUUGCUGCUCCCACCGACUCAGACCCGUCAUCACUGCUGCAGGACUGCAGACUCCUCAGAAUAGAUGAGCUACAGGUGGUUAAAACUGGCGGAACUCCAAAAGUCCCAGACUGUUUUCAGCGAACACCUAAAAAGCUCUCCAUCCCAGAGAAGGCAGAGAUUCUGGCUGUCAACGUUGACUCCAAAGGAGUCCAUGCAGUGCUAAAAACUGGUAACUGGGUGAGGUACUGUAUCUUUGACCUGGCCACAGGCAAAGCUGAGCAGGAGAAUAACUUUCCUACCAGUAACUUGGCCUUUCUGGGACAGAGUGAGCGCAAUGUGGCCAUCUUUACUGCAGGACAGGAGUCUCCUAUUAUUCUCAGAGAUGGAAACGGCACCAUCUAUCCAAUGGCUAAAGACUGUAUGGGUGGGAUUAGAGAUCCUGAUUGGUUGGACCUACCUCCAAUAAGCAGCCUGGGGAUGGGAGUGCACUCUCUGGUCAACCUCCCAUCCAACUCCACCAUUAAAAAGAAAGCUGCUAUUAUUAUCAUGGCUGUUGAGAAACAGACACUGAUGCAGCAUGUGCUACGUUGUGACUAUGAGGCCUGCCGACAGUAUCUGAUGAACCUUGAGCAAGCCUUCCUGUUGGAGCAGGGCAGCCAUGCCCUCGGAGCACUUCUGAGUCAUCGGUGUGAUGGAAACCGAAACAUCCUCCAUGCGGCCGUCUCCGUUUGCUUUCCUGUUAGCAACAAAGAGACCAAAGAGGAGGAAGAAGCUGAAAGGUCAGAGAGAAACACUUUUGCCGAGCGACUGUCUGCGGUAGAGGCCAUUGCUAAUGCCAUCUCUGUGGUAUCGAGCAACAGCUCUGGAAAUAGAACCGGAUCCUCCAGCAGCAGGGGACUUCGUCUAAGAGAGAUGAUGAGGAGGUCUCUUAGAGCAGCAGGUCUUGGCCGGCAUGAGUCUGGUCCAUCAUCUAGUGACCACCAAGACCCAGUCUCCCCUCCCAUUGCUCCACCUAGUUGGGUUCCAGACCCCCCACCGAUGGACCCUGAUGGUGACAUUGACUUCAUUUUAGCACCCGCUGUUGGUUCAUUAACCACAGCUUCCACCGGUACCAGUCAAGGUCCCAGUACUUCCACCAUACCAGGACCUUCAAACGAGCCAUCUGUGGUGGAGUCUAAAGACAGGAAGGCCAAUGCUCACCUUAUCCUGAAGCUGAUGUGUGAUAGUGUUGUCCUGAGGCCACACCUACGAGAGCUGCUCUCUGCCAAGGAUGCUAGAGGAAUGACGCCAUUCAUGCUGGCUGUCAGUGGGAGAGCCUACCCAGCAGCUAUCACCGUGCUCGAAGCGGCUCAAAAAAUUGCCAAGAUGGGUGACCCGAGCAUGAUGGAGAAAGAGGAUGCAGAUUCUGUGUUCAUGGAAAUGAUUUGUCCCUCGGGAACCAACCCAGACGAUUCUCCACUUUAUGUUCUUUGUUGCAACGACACCUGCAGCUUCACUUGGACCGGUGCUGAGCACAUUAACCAGGACAUAUUUGAGUGUCGAACUUGUGGUUUGCUGGAAUCUCUCUGCUGCUGCACUGAGUGUGCAAGAGUAUGUCACAAAGGACACGACUGCAAGCUGAAGAGGACUUCUCCCACAGCGUACUGUGACUGUUGGGAGAAAUGCAAGUGUAAAACACUUAUAGCUGGCCAGAAGGCUGCUCGACUGGAUUUAUUGUACAGGUUACUCACAACCACAAACCUGGUCACCACGCCUAACAGCAGGGGAGAGCAUAUAUUACUGUUCCUGGUGCAGACUGUUGCCAGGCAAAGUGUUGAGCACUGUCAGUACAGGCCGCCACGCAUCAGGGAGGACCGGAACCGCAAGGCUGCUAAUGCAGAGGACUCUGAUAUGCCGGACCAUGACCUUGAACCGCCUCGCUUUGCUCAGCUGGCUCUGGAGAGGGUGCUGCAGGACUGGAAUGCCCUCAAAUCUAUGAUCAUGUUUGGUUCUCAGGAAAACAAGGACCCACUUAGUGCCAGCAGCAGAAUUGCCCAUCUCCUGCCUGAGGAGCAGGUCUACUUGAACCAGCAGAGCGGUACCAUUCGCCUUGACUGUUUCACACACUGCCUCAUCGUGAAGUGUGCUCCUGACAUCACUUUUAUAGACACUUUACUGGGAACUCUGGUUAAAGAGCUGCAGAACAAGUACACGCCUGGCCGCAGGGAGGAGGCGGUCAUGGUCACGCGGAGGUUCCUGCGCUCUGUAGCUCGGGUGUUUGUUAUCCUCAGUGUGGAGAUGGCAUCAUCCAAGAAGAAGAACAACUUCAUCCCCCAGCCCAUUGGGAAGUGUCGGCGUGUUUUCCAGGCUUUGCUGCCCUAUGCUGUGGAGGAGCUGUGUAACGUGGCAGAGUCACUGAUUGUUCCGGUGCGAAUGGGCAUCGCUAGACCGACAGCUCCUUUCACGUUGGCCAGCACUAGCAUAGAUGCUGUUCAGGGCAGCGAGGAGCUUUUCUCUGUGGAGCCACUACCUCCCAGACCCUCACCAGACCAGUCCAGCAGCUCCAGCCAAACGGCUGCCUCUUACAUCAUCAGGAACCCCCAGCCUCGACGCAGCAGCCAGUCUCAGCCGGUCAGGGGACGGGACGAGGAACAGGAUGACAUCGUGUCAGCAGAUGUGGAAGAGGUUGAGGUUGUAGAGGGGGUAGCAGGGGAGGAGGACCAUCAUGAUGACCAAGAGGAACAGGGAGAAGAGAAUGCUGAAGCUGAGGGGCAGCAUGAUGAGCACGAUGAUGAUGGAAGUGACAUGGAGUUGGACCUGUUGGCAGCAGCUGAGACGGAGAGUGAUAGUGAAAGUAACCACAGCAAUCAGGAUAACGCAAGCGGCCGCAGGAGUGUCGUCACUGCAGCAACUGCCGGCUCUGAAGCAGGUGCCAGCAGUGUUCCUGCCUUCUUUUCAGAGGACGACUCCCAGUCCAACGACUCCAGUGACUCGGACAGCAGUAGCAGUCAGAGUGAUGAUGUUGACCAAGAAACGUUUCUCUUAGAUGAACCUCUGGAACGUACCACUAGCGCCUCACAUGCUAACACUGCAGCCCAAGCUCCUCGCUCCAUGCAGUGGGCUGUUAGAAACACACCCAGCCAAAGGACAAGUGGAAGCGCUCCCUCUAGCUCUUCAGCUCCAGCUGCAAGCUCCACCGGUUUGAUCUACAUCGACCCUACAAACCUGCGCCGCUCCAACGCCAUCAGCUCCAGUGCAGCAGCAGCUGCGGCAGCUCUGGAAGCCAGUAACUCCAGCAGUUACCUGACGUCUGCCAGUAGCCUGGCUCGUGCCUACAGCAUCGUCAUCAGGCAGAUAUCAGACCUCAUGAGUCUGAUUCCCAAGUAUAACCAUCUAGUCUACUCACAGUAUCCUGCUGCUGUAAAGCUCUCCUACCAAGAUGCUGUUAGCCUGCAGAACUACGUGGAAGAAAAGCUGAUUCCCACCUGGAAUUGGAUGGUGUCCAUCAUGGAUUCUACUGAGGCUCAGCUGCGAUAUGGCUCGGCUUUGUCGUCAGCUGGAGACCCGGGUCACCCCAGUCACCCACUUCACGCCUCUCAGCACUCAGCUCGCAGAGAUCGCAUGACCGCUCGGGAGGAGGCCAGCCUCCGCACUCUGGAAGGACGCAGGAGAGCAGCAACGUUGCUGACCGCCCGUCAAGGCAUGAUGUCAGCACGGGGCGACUUCCUGAACUAUGCGCUGUCACUGAUGCGCUCCCACAACGAUGAGCACUCGGAUGUUCUUCCUGUCCUGGAUGUGUGCUCGCUAAAACACGUAGCCUACGUGUUCCAGGCUCUGAUCUACUGGAUUAAGGCUAUGAACCAGCAAACCACCCUGGACACCCCUCAGAUGGAGAGAAAGAGGAAUAGAGAAAUAUUGGAACUGGGCCUGGACAACGAGGAUUCUGAGCACGAAAACGAUGAAGACACUAACCAAAGUUCAACGCUGCAAGACAAAGACGAUGACCCAGUUCCAGCUGAAACGGGUCAGAACCAUCCCUUCUUCCGCCGCUCGGACUCCAUGACCUUCCUGGGCUGCAUCCCACCCAACCCCUUUGAUGUUCCUCUUGCGGAGGCCAUUCCACUGGCAGACCAGCCCCAUCUCCUGCAGCCUAACGCCAGAAAGGAGGACCUGUUUGGGCGUCCCUCUCAGGGCUUAUACUCCUCCUCCUACAUGACGACCAAAGGCCUGGCUGAGACCAGCAUGGACAGGAACUGCCUGGAGGUAAACAUGGGCUCCUCUCUACUCUCCUCCUCUCAGAUCCUGCCCACAAAGAUGUCCUACACAGCCAACCUGAAAAAUGUCAUGAGCAUGGAAACUGGCCAGCGGAGCAGUGACAACCAGUUAUUGGGUGAACAGGAGAUGGAGGCUUCUAAACCAGGACCUUCUCCUCAUGACCUCGCUGCCCAGCUGAAGAGCAGUCUCCUCGCUGAGAUUGGUCUCACUGAGAGUGACGGUCCUCCUCUUCCGUCAUUCAGGCCUCACUGCAGCUUCAUGGGGAUGAUGAUCUCGCAUGACAUGCUGCUUGGCCGCUGGCGUCUGUCACUUGAGCUGUUCGGUCGCGUAUUCAUGGAGGAUGUGGGAGCAGAGCCCGGAUCGAUUCUCACUGAGUUGGGCGGAUUUGAAGUGAAGGAAUCCAAGUUCAGACGGGAGAUGGAGAAAUUAAGGAACCUUCAGUCUCGUGACUUGGCUCUAGAGGUGGACCGUGAUCGAGACCAGUUAAUACAGCAGACCAUGCGUCAGCUAAACGCACACUUUGGCCGACGGUGCACAACCACGCCCAUGGCUGUCCACCGGGUGAAGGUCACGUUCAAAGACGAGCCUGGAGAAGGCAGCGGCGUGGCCCGCAGCUUCUACACAGCCAUCGCGCUGGCCCUCCUCUCCAACGAUAAGCUGCCCAACCUUGACUGUGUCCAGAGUGUCAGCAAGGGCAUGCAGGCCAGCAGUACGUGUCAUCACGAUUACAAUUCAAAUCUAAUGCAACGUCUGAGGAACCGAGAUCGGGAGAGGGAGAGGAGAAGUGGAGGACUUCGAGCAGGAUCUCGGAGAGACCGAGACAGAGAUUCAAGGAGGCAGCUGUCCAUAGACACCAGGCCUUUCAGGCCUUCGUCGGAGGGAAACCCUAGUGAUGAGCCCGACCCUCUGCCUGCACACAGACAAGCCCUUGGGGAGAGGUUAUACCCACGAGUUCACGCAAUGCAGCCGGCUUUUGCCAGUAAAAUCACAGGCAUGUUGCUGGAGUUGUCUCCUGCCCAGCUACUGCUGCUCCUGGCUAGUGAGGAUUCUCUCCGAGCCAGAGUGGAAGAGGCCAUGGAGCUUCUGAUAGCACAUGGAAGGGAAAAUGGCGCUGACAGCAUUCUGGAUCUUGGUCUUCCCGAGGCUCCAGAUAAAGCACAGCAGCAGGAGAAUCGUAAGCGUCAUGGUUCAACACGCAGUGUGGUUGACAUGGAGCUGGAUGACCCGGAUGAUGGAGACGACAAUGCUCCUCUGUUCUACCAGCCUGGGAAGCGGGGCUUUUACUCUCCUCGGCCGGGCAAAAACACGGAGGCUAGACUGAACUGCUUCCGUAACAUUGGCCGAAUACUGGGGUUAUGUCUGCUGCAGAACGAACUCUGUCCCAUCACGUUGAACAGGCAUGUCAUCAAAGUGCUGUUAGGUCGGAAGGUGAACUGGCAUGAUUUUGCUUUCUUUGACCCGGUCAUGUACGAGAGCUUACGGCAGCUGAUCCGCCACUCACAGACUGGUGAAGCUGAUGCAGUGUUUGCUGCCAUGGAUCUAGCCUUUGCUAUUGAUCUCUGCAAAGAGGAAGGUGCAGGACAGGUGGAGCUUCUGUCUGGUGGAGUCAACAUGCCAGUGACACCGCUCAAUGUGUACGAGUAUGUGAGGAAGUAUGCAGAGCACCGAAUGCUGGUGGUAGCUGAGCAGCCUCUACAUGCAAUGAGGAAGGGUUUGCUAGACGUACUUCCUAAAAACGCCCUCGAGGACUUGACUGCAGAGGACUUUAGACUGCUGGUUAACGGUUGUGGGGAAGUCAACGUCCAGAUGCUCAUUAGCUUCACUUCUUUCAACGAUGAAUCAGGAGAAAAUGCAGACAAACUCCUCCAGUUUAAACGAUGGUUCUGGUCCAUAGUAGAAAAGAUGAGUAUGACUGAAAGACAAGAUCUGGUGUACUUCUGGACCUCAAGCCCAUCUCUGCCAGCCAGCGAAGAGGGCUUCCAGCCGAUGCCCUCCAUCACCAUCCGACCUCCAGAUGACCAGCACCUCCCUACAGCCAAUACCUGCAUUUCACGUCUCUACGUGCCACUCUACUCUUCAAAACAAAUACUUAAACAGAAACUCCUGCUAGCCAUUAAGACCAAGAAUUUUGGUUUUGUGUAGAAAUUUAACAUAAAAGUUUAAAAAAGGAAAAGAGAAAAAAAAGUUUACUGUUGUGUAAUAUUAGCUCAAUUUUUGUAGAUUUUUUCUUUUUAUCCAAUUUUUUGAAAUUCGACAGUCGACAUCUCCCCGUGCAUUAUUUGUGUUGUGAACACAAAUGACAUAUUUUUAUUUCAAUAAUUGUUUCUUUUUUGGUAACAAGCGGUAUACGGUCCAGAACAUUCCUUUAUUGGCACUGUAAAAUGUAAAGCCCACAGUUUCUGUUCUAUUGGCUCAAACUUUUGCUUCCCAGGAACUGGGUUUGACGGUAAACUGUCACCCAAAAAAUGUAGCCAAAGAAUACAGCAGUACAAACGUUAAUAAAAAGAAGACACACUGUGAUCUUUUUUUUCUUUCUUUCUUCUUCCCUAGAAAAAGUACUAUCACUGACAGUUCACUGCUGCCUUUGUGGAAAGUCCUGUUUUUCUUGUACAGGGGAUGAGGGAAUUUCAAAAUAAACUUGGAUGUAAAUAAA